AUGGAACCUCAGCCCUCCGCACCUCGCAGAGGUCGUCCACCAAAAUCUGCAAGGAAUGAUUGUCAUACCUGUGUGGCCCGUCGGUGGAAAUGCGACCGUGCCAGUCCGCGCUGUGGGAACUGUGAGAAGUCGGGCAACACCUGCGGUGGAUUUGCAGUACAACUCUCCUGGCAGCCAGGAUUCUCCCUCCAAAAGAAGCCAGUCAAGAGGCAAAUUGCACGCAGGUCUAGAUGGAGGGGUUAUGACGGCGCUUCGGGCCCGCGUCAAUUGGAAUUCAUCAGUGAGCAUCUCGUGGAAUCAUCUCAAGAGUAUGGCGAAACUCGCGUGCGGCAAGCCCUUCGAAGACUCUCACAAGCAACCAGCAGGCCACAGCAAAGUCCGUCGUCCAAUGAUAAACCUACUGCUAGCAAUUCUCGUCUUCCAGAGGUGGGUAUGCCUGGUAGCGAAUCGAAUAUGAUGAACGCUCGAGCAGACCCAGGUGCAGAAGCCAUUUACAUGUACAGAGAAGACACCAGUAUGGCGGAGCCCUACGACCUCGGUGAGGAAGGUGCAGAAGAAACCUAUUUAGACAAUGAGAUACCUAUUGUGGCAGCGCCUUUGGACCUCGAUGAGCUAACGUCAUUCAACACGACCAUCCUGCCUUCCUACCCGAACUCACCAAUCAACGAACCAGAGUUCCAUCUCGAUCCCAAUCACGUUGAAAAUCAGAGCCAAGUUGGAAUACCUUCUGACUUAGUGUUCGACUGCGAGUCAACGGUCGACGAGCUCGCCGAUUGUCAAGAUGGAUUUGAGACCGUCACAGGCCUAGAGCUCUAUGAUUCACAUCGACCUUUUGCUGCGGCUUCCAAGGAUAUACGGACUUUGUCGUACCAUUUUCUCCAAACAAUUCCCCCUCGUCCUCUAUAUACCGGGCAGUUUGAGUGGCUGGAACCUAUUUUCGAGAGAUACAACAAUGAGUUCUGCCUUAUCCCGUUGACUUUGGACAUGCCGGCGAACCCCUUUCGGUCUCGUAUGAACGCCUUACAAAAGUCUGGAUAUCUCCUACACGCCGUGCUCGCAUUGGCAUGUCACCACACGGACCAUUCGUCGCUCAGCAGCAGCGGCCGACAUCAGCUUUCAGAGACGGUACUAAAUCACGGUCAAAUUGCCCUUCAGUUGUUCCGUCAAGCCCUCAAUAAUGAUAACGUCAACCAAAUCGCAGCCUCAUUGCUUGACACGAUUAUUACUUUAUUCUCUCUGGAUGAAGCAUAUUCUCUACUCGGCAGCUGGACGACACACCUCACUGGCGCUUAUAAUGUCGUGCAAUUAAGUGGUGGCGUGGAAGCCUGGACGAGAAACCCUCGUGCUGCGGUUCAAGUUGCACUUCUUACCUGGUGGGAUGCAGUGCUCAGCUUAGUCAACAGAACCCCAUGCAUCUUUCCCUACGAAUAUUUUGAAUCAGUUCUCGCCUGCGCGGACGACCGAUUUUUUACGUAUUUUGGACUAUGUGGCUGCCCACGCAGCCUCGUGGUCCCACUGGUUCAGCUAGCACAUCUGGCAGAAGAAAAGCAGAAGUCCUCGUCUAUGCGCUGGGUUUCCUUCGACGACAGCCUCGUCUUAGAGAUCGAACAGUCCCUUGAAACCUGGAGUCAUAAUCCCUCUGACACAGCGUUCGACGAUGAAGAGAACGUGCAUAAAGAUAUGGAUCAAAUACACUGUUCUGAGGCAUGGCGCAACGGGCUCCUCCUCUACAUCUACCGCGUCUUCCGGUGGAAGCCCGGCGAUAGAACUCCUGGCCGGGUGAUUCACCGCGCCAGGACUAUUUUGGAUCAUGCCUGCGCAUGCCGUGACGAUCAGUUCGUUGCUAGGCAGGCCUUGCUUCCUUUAUUCUUCGCAGGUUGCGAGAUGCAUGAUCCCGACGCGCGGAAUACUAUCAGAGAACUCUGUUCCGCCUGGCACGAUCGAACUGGAUACUAUAUGUUUGGUGGCAUGAUUCCCCUACUGGAAGAAGUGUGGACGGCUCAAGCUACUCAUGGCCCUGAGCAAGUAUGGUGGGGUCAGGUCGUGGACGAAAAGAGUCGCAAAGAAUCUCAGAACUCGCUCCAGGUCCGAAUUUGUUUUGGCUGA